AUGGCGCUGGGUGUACCCGCUGUUCCGUUCACGUACGUUGUUCAUGUUCUUGGUGUUGUCGCCGCCGUGUUGGUUUUGGUCUGGAAUAUACACUUCAGAGGUGGGUUGGCUUGGAGUUCUCACAACAAAGCUCUCAUCUUCAAUCUUCAUCCUGUUCUUAUGCUUAUUGGCUUAAUAAUAUUUGGAGGUGAAGCAAUUAUAAGUUACAAAUCUCUUCCAUUGAAGAAGGAAGUGAAGAAACUGAUACACCUUGUUCUCCACGCGAUUGCGUUAAUACUUGGAAUAAUUGGAAUUCUAGCCGCGUUCAAGAAUCAUAAUGAAAGUGGGAUUGCCAAUCUGUACAGCUUGCAUUCAUGGCUUGGAAUUGGGGUUAUUUCCUUUUAUGGCAUUCAGUGGAUAUUUGGGUUUGUGGUAUUUUUCUACCCUGGUGGGAGUUCAGAGAUAAGACGUGAGUCAGUUCCAUGGCAUGUAUUAUUUGGGCUGUUUGUGUAUAUUUUAGCUCUUGCCACUGCUUCUCUUGGGUUUCUGGAAAAGCUCACAUUCUUGGAGAGUUCAGGAGUUGCAAAAUAUGGUUCUGAGGCUUUACUUGUCAACUUCACUGCAAUAAUCACAAUCUUAUUUGGUACUUUUGUUGUAUUAUCUGCCAUAUCUCAAGCUCCACCAGCUACUGAUGACUAUGCACCCAUAUCAGCUAAUUAA